UUUUUUUCAGUGGUGCGUACAAGAGGAGGAGACGGUAGAAUUAGGCAUAACAGAGGACGCGGAGAGUCUCGGCCACAUCAGGAGGAGCCGGAAGACGAUGAGAUGCCGCCAGUGCAUCAGGAGCAGGUUGAGGAGCAGGUUGAGGAGCAGGCUGUGCAGCAGGCUUGGCCUGGAGGGCCGAUCGAUACGAGUCUUUUGACUCGAUACGAGCAUCAUGUUGCUCGUCAUGUAUGGUUUGGUCAGGAACGUGUCGAAGGUGACAAAAUUGAGCUACGAAUAGUAUCUUUAGGAAGAAAGUUAGCUGACAGGAUUCCUGAUCACCAUCCUCAAGUUAUUCAAGGGUGGUUGAAUAUUUCGGGGUUGUGCUGGCUUGAGCGGACUAGCUUGAAAUUUACCGAUCCGCAGCUUAUAUCCGCAUUUGUUGAGAGGUGGCACCCUGAGACAUCGUCAUUUCACAUGCCGUUCGGCGAGAUGACUAUUACUUUGGACGAUGUGGCAUGUCUUCUGCAUCUACCUGUUAGGGGUCAGUUUUAUACUCCUGUAUCAGUUUCUCAAGAACAAGCUGCGGAACUUGCAGUUGAGUUGUUAGGAGAGGAGUAUGAAUUUGCAUUGCGAGAGACUGUAGCGCAGAGGGGUGGUUAUUUUUCACAGCAGUGGCUAUAUGAGAGUUAUAAUAGGAAUGCCAAUUUCUACGGGAAAUAUGACUGCGCAGCUAGGGCAUGGAUGUUGAUGUUGGUGGGAUCUACCAUUCUGGCCGAUAAGAGUUAUACACGUGUGGAUGCCAAAUGGCUACUUCUGUUUAGUGAUUUGUCUGCAGUCCAUACAUAUUCGUGGGCCAGUAUUGCAUUAGUUUGUUUAUACGAUAACUUGAACGAUGCAUCCAUGUUUUCUACGAGGGCCCUUGCAGGGUAUGCGACACUUCUUCAGUGUUGGAUCCACGAGUAUUUUCCUACCCUUGGUAGGCGGGCUCAGUCGGAUCUUAAUUGUGAUAAUCCUGGAUUUUCCUACGAGGAUAGACGCUGA